UGUAUAGCGCCAUCGCAUACUUAUAGUUGACGUAUCCUAACCUAUAGAAAUGUUUAUUUACAAUUUUGAACCAAACAACUAAUGAGUAUACUUAGGUUGAGUUCUACAGCGGGUUAAAAUCAUGGACGAAGAGAGCCCAGAGGUGCUUCAAAAGAAGCUCUAUUUUCUGUUAGAGCAGUUACAAAACAUGGCAAGGGACUUGCCACCAAAAUACCAGAUGCGACUGCCCUACGAAUUACUCUCGAGCUUAGCGAAUUGCCUUCUGAACGAAACAGUGUUCGAAAUCGUCAAAGGCCUGAUGGAAAUCCAAAACGUGACCGAACAACACCUGUACCAACAACGACUCCAGUUCAUAAACAUGAAAAAACAGGAAGAACAGGAGAUACUCAAAACGUACGAGAACGACAGGGAUCGAAAGAUCGAGGAGCUGCAGAAGUUCAUGGUGCGGCAGAAGGAAGAUUUGAAGAAGUUUGACAUGAAUUUGGUGCUGCAGCUGGACCAGAAGGUUUCCGAUCAACAACAGAUCUUGGAACAAGCUGGAGUGCCCGGAUUCUAUGUGACGUCCACUCCCAUCGAGAUUAAGGUGCAGAUGCAUCUGUUGGACUUUCUGUUGAGGUUGAGCAAAAUGACUAUUCCGGUAUAAACUAAAUUAAAAUUUUAACUUUAAGUUUAUUUAAAUGAAUAUGUAUAUAAAUUUAUUAUUUGUUAAUAUAAAAUUUAUUUUUAUA